AUGCACUCAGCGCUACUUCUUCCAGAAAUCAUUCAUGAGAUCUGUGACAGUUGCAUUGAUGAGGAAUACGAAGAGAGCCGCAGGAGUCUAGUAUCCCUGGCAGCGACAUGCAUAUCGUUUAAGAAUCCCUCCCUAGAUCUACUUUGGUCGUCGGUUCCCGCCCGUGCCUUUUUCUAUGUUCUUCCGGCUCGUACCCUCGAGUACGGGAACCUCGCGCUCAACAUAUAUACUGGUCGACGAGAACUUAACAACUUUGAUCGAUCUUUGGUCACCAAUUCUGAAUGGGAUCUCUUUCAUGUCUACUCAAGGCGUGUCCGCAAGUUGGAGCUGAACGAUGCCUUAAAGGUUGACCUCCCCGUACUUAAUAUGUUGUUCCCGACCAGAGCACACGUCGAAGACGCCCUUCCGCGACUAACGCAUCUUUAUCUACCCGUUCCUUCAGGAACGGUAUACACCUGGGAUGGUGCCCCAGUCUUUUUGGUCAAAACACUGCGCUCUGUAUGCCUCUUCUCUUUCUUUUCGGACGCGCCCGGCUUCAUCACAUCUUUGGUGGAGUCUACACCUACGUUAGCCUCGCUGACCAUCUACGUGGCUGAUCAUGACAAUUGGAAAAAACGAUUUGCCACCGCAUGUUCACAGACAGUGUCUCAGUUACAUCACCUCGUUGAGUACGAUGGGCCAGCAUUUCUUCCCCAGCUCCAGCUAGGGCUCGCAUCGCUCCCUUCUUUGACGCGUGUUGCCCUUGACAUGGUUACCCCCUUUUCUCAGCGCAUCGCACCUGCUCCAGGCAGCCUUGCAUUCCCUUCCCUCUCCGAAUUAAAAAUCCACACGGACUCGAUCGAGCAUUUGGUUGGGUUCUUGGGGGGCAUUAGCGACGACACGCAGGCUUUCGGGAGGUCUAAACCAUUGUCCCUCACACUAUCGACGUUGACAUCACUUUCUACGGGCGAAUUCCACAAUCUAUGCACCUUCAUUUCUUCUUUCUCUAGGUUUCGGCUUUGUUCUUUUGAUUUCUCGGCCGCCGUGCACUCAACCCCGGGAGCAGAUCAGGAGGGCGAAACACUCGCUCUGAAGACAAUCCAGCCCUUGUUGCGCUGUGUCUCACUCAAAGUGAUUGCGCUUGAUUUCGGCACCAAGUUUGUCUCGUUCGACGACGAUGAUAUCGCAGAGAUGGCAAACGCAUGGCCCGACCUAGAAAUCUUCAAGAUCAACGAACGCACUCAUUGGGGCACGACAUCGCAGAUAACGCUACAUGGGCUGCGCUCUUUCUUACACGCCUGCCCUCGUCUUUCUGAAGUCUCCAUGUGCAUGCGCAUCGAUGACUCGGAGAGAAUCCGCCCGGAGUGGCACUUGACGGAGCUCGAUCGGAUGGCCAAGUCACGGUACGGUCGAGCCCUUGUCAAACUGAACCUUCUUGAUUCGGUCAUCGAUGCAUCCGUCCAUGUGUUCAGUGCCAUUGUCCUCUCACGCCUGGCGCCGAACGUUACCGUUACUAUCACCUCACCAGGUCCCCAGCACCGCAUCGCAGAACUCGUCAAGGAGGCAAAACUCAUGUGUUGGGAACGAGACGGUUGCAUCGGUGCAUGGACAUGGGAUGAGUUGGAUGGGCGAUUGAAAUCCAUUGGAGCUCCGUAUCGCUUUAAACGGUUUGAAGUUUUAGGUAGGGCACGAUGA